UUUUUCCGGUCAGGCAAGUUCCAAGGUAGGGUGGGGUUCUGCCGCCGCCUGUGGGUGGGAUCUGAAGCUGUCUCUACCUUGCUCGGUCUUUCAAUUACUCAUUCCGGGUGAGACACCAGAGAAAGUGCCUGGAGAAACGCCGGCUGCAACCUGGCAGCGGCCGUGCCCCGUUCUUCCGCUCCAUGGCCAAUUCUAUCAAGAAAGACCAGGCAUGGAUCCCCAAACUCUUCAAGAAGAAAGUCUGCACCACGUUUAUCGAGCAACCGGGGGAACUUGGGGGCUCUUGCUUGUGCCAGUGUGGGAGCCCUCGCAGCAAGCACAUCUCCGUAGCCACGGAAGACGCCUUUGGAGCAGCCAUUGUCAGCAAAUGGGACUCGGCCCAACACACAACAGAGGGGCCUACCGAUGCCUAUGGCGAGGUGAAGUUUGUGGGCACCGGCCGCAGACCCAGCAAGUUCAUACGCCUUUCAGACACGUCUGACCCCGCUGCUGCUUACGGCCUGGUAAUGCACCAUUGGAAAAUUCCGCGCCCCAACCUGGUGGUAUCAGUGGUAGGGGGCGAAGGUGAGGUACGGGUCAGGGCCUGGCUUAAGGAUGUGCUGAGGAAAGGACUCGUAAAAGCCGCCCAGAGCACAGGUGCCUGGAUCAUGACAGGUGGGCUCCAGGCUGGCAUCGGACGCUAUGUUGGAGAAGCUGUGAGGGACCACACAACCGCUAGUUCUAACCCCAGCACCCAUGUGGUGGCGAUGGGCAUUGCUCCAUGGGGCAUCAUCGAGCAGCGCCAAUGUCUUGUGAACCCCAAGGGUUUGUUCCCAGCACUUUAUCCCAGGACAGUCCCUUCUGCCCCUUACUGCCCUUUGGAUUCCAACCACUCUGCCUUCUUCCUGGUGGACAACGGGACGCAGGGUAGGGUGGGUGGCGAGGCCUCCUUCCGUGCCCGCCUGGAACGCUACAUUGCCCAGCAGAAAGUGGGAGCUGGCGGUGCUGGGAGUAUUGAGAUUCCUGUGUUGCUGCUGCUCAUCAGCGGGGACUCGGCUAUGUUCAAGCGCGUCUCUGAUGCGGUACAUGCCUCCAUCCCAUGCCUGCUCUUGGCAGGAUCGGGAGGAGCAGCUGACUGCUUAGCUGGUUUGCUGCAGGAGACACAGCCUGGAGAGCCCAUGAAGGCCCUGGCGAUGAAAAAGAUGCAGGGGAAGUUCCCCGCCGAUGAACUGGAGGAGUUGGCAGAGGAGGUGGAGCAAAUUGGGGCUCUAAGGGAACUGGUCACUGUCUAUUCAGACCAGGAGGGUCUCGAGGAGUUUGAGACUGUCCUUCUCCAAGCGUUGGUUAAAGCCUGUAAACAAUCGCGCGAGGCCACCUGCUACCUGGAUGAGCUGCACCUGGCCGUGGCCUGGAACCGUGUGGACAUUGCCAGCACCGAGCUGUUCCGUGGGGAUGUUGACUGGGAGCCUAGCCUGCUGAUUGGCCCGAUGCACGACGCUUUGGUGGGCGACCGUCCCGCCUUGGUGCGCCUCUUUGUGGAGAACGGACUGGACAUCGGGCAGUUCCUGACGUGGGGGAAGCUGGAGCAGCUCUACGCGGGGACCCCGAGCGGCACGCUUCUGCAUCAGCUGCUGGAGCGGCGCCAAGCCUCAGGCCCCGAGCCCUCCUCACCUGCUGAAUACUUGCUGCUGGAUCGGUCGCUGCCUGAGUACCAGUUGCCCCAGGUGGCUCACAUCCUCCAUGAUGUGCUGGGGGAUGUCUGUGCUCCCUUUUAUGACGGAUUGCACCCCGCCAAAGGGACAGGGAGCAAAGGAUCAUUGCUCAACGGAGAUCCCAUGUACCGUUCCAAACGUUCGCCAAACCCUUGGACUGACCUCUUCAUAUGGGCUGUGUUGCUGAACCGCAGAGAGAUGGCCAUGUAUUUCUGGGAAAUGGCACCCGAUGCCGUCGCUGGGGCUUUGGCAGCGGCACGGAUUCUCCGAGAGCUUUCGCACCAGGAGCAGGAGGCCGAGGAAGAGGCAGCCAUGAAGGACCUCGCCAUGCGCUUUGAGAACUUGGCCAUUGGUGUAUUUGGGGAAUGUUACCGAAACGGGGAGCCCCGGGCCUACAAACUGCUGGUGCGCCGCUCCGAACUCUGGGGAGGAGCCACUGUCCUCCAGCUUGCUCACCAGGCCGACGCCCGCCUGUUUUUUGCGCAUGAUGGUGUGCAGUCCCUGCUCACCCAGAAUUGGUGGGGAGAGAUGGACCGAGGCACCGCUGUCUGGAAGCUCCUCCUGACUUUCUUCUGCCCGCCCCUCAUCUUUACCGACCUCAUCCAGUACAGAGCCCUGGAUGAGGACCUGCGCCAAGCUGAGGUGGACAGCCUUGACACGGAUGUGAAAAGUACCAUCGGAGACAUGCUAUCUGACAAUCCAGAUCCUCCCUUCCCUCUUUCCACUCGCCCUUCCUGGCUACGACGGUGGCGUCAGUUCUGGGUGGCUCCCGUGACGGCCUUCCUGGGCAACGUCGUGAUGUACCUGCUCUUCCUCUUCCUCUUCUCCUACGUCUUGCUUCUGGAUUUUGACCCCCCGCCUCCCAAGGGCCCUUCCGGCACAGAGAUCGCUUUGUACAUCUGGGUCUUCACGCUGGUCUGCGAGGAGGUGCGCCAAGGCUGUUUCGUGGGCUCCCUCCCCCUGCCGCUGAGGGUACGGCGGUACUUCCAGGACACUUGGAACCAGCUUGACAUCACGGCUCUUCUGCUUUUCAUGCUGGGGCUCGUCUGCAGACUGUUUCCAAAGUCAUAUGAAUCUGGACGCACCAUUCUCUGCCUGGACUUCAUGGUAUUCACCCUUCGUCUCAUCCACAUCUUUGCUGUCAACAAGCAGCUGGGGCCCAAGAUGAUCAUCGUUGGCAAGAUGAUGAAGGAUGUCUUCCUCUUCCUGUUCUUCCUUGCGGUGUGGCUAGUGGCCUACGGGGUCACCACCGAGGGGCUGCUGCUCCCCCACGACCGACGUCUCCCCUGGAUCUUCCGCCGUGUCUUCUACCGCCCUUACUUGCAAAUCUUUGGGCAGAUCCCACUGGAUGAGAUUGACGCUGCCCUGAUCAGAGCGUCAAACUGCACCUACGAUCCCGUGGCCAUCUUGAUGGAGAACGCAGAGCCUUGCACCAACACCUAUGCCAAUUGGCUGGUGCUCAUUCUCCUCGUGAUCUUCCUGCUGGUAGCCAAUAUUCUGCUUCUCAACUUGCUCAUCGCUAUGUUCAGCUACACGUUCUCCAAAGUGCAAGGCAACAGCGACAUUUAUUGGAAAUCCCAGCGCUACAACCUGAUCCUGGAGUAUCACAGUCGCCCUGCCCUGGCCCCGCCGUUCAUCCUGAUCAGCCACCUGCACCUCUUCUUCAAGCGGCACGUCCGUAAAGUGCAGUCGGCAAAGGGAAAACACUUCUUGCUGGAUCUCUCCGAAAUCCAAGACGAACAGCUGCUCACGUGGGAGUCGGUGCAGAAAGAAAACUACUUGGUUGCUCAGGCCCGGCAGAAACGCGAUUGUGACACAGAGAGGCUCCGGCGAACCUCCCAAAAGGUGGAUCAGGCUUUGAAGCAGCUUUCGGAGAUCAAGGAAUCGGAGCGGCGGCUAAGGACCCUCGAGACGCAGAUGGAGUACUGCACCAAUGCUCUGUCGUGGAUGGUGGAUGUCUUGGCCCAGAGUGACAUUGCGAAAGGGAGGCAGGCUCCUCCCACUCAGAAAAAGGCCUAAAAUUCUCCAUGGAACCUCCGAGAAGAAUCAGCCCUUUUUCCUGAAGAGAGGUGAAUUGCUCUGAACAAUUGCCACUCACAGAAC